AUGGCUCCGAAACCUCACCUUCAGCUCAAGGAGCUGGGAUCCAAACUCGACAUUCUUCCUUCUUCAAAGGAGCCUCUCGUCGAACUCUUGAAGCAAGCGGCAGCAUGCCUUACUGACAUGGAUCAAUCACCUUCAGCUUCCGUAUUAGAGUCAAUGAAGCCCUUUUUAAAUUCAAUUGUUAAGCCAGAAUUGCUAAAGCACCAAGAUGGAGAUGUAAAACUUCUAGUGGCUACAUGUGUUUGUGAGAUAACUCGGAUCACUGCACCUGAAGCUCCUUACAGUGAUGAUGUUCUAAAGGACAUCUUUCAGUUGAUUGUGAGCACUUUUAGUGGUCUGAGUGAUAUAAGUGGUCCCUCCUUUGGCCAGGAAGUCACUAUGUUGGAGAUUCUUGCAAAAUAUAGAUCGUGUGUUGUAAUGUUGGAUCUUGAAUGUGAUGAUCUGGUUAAUGAGAUGUUCAGUACUUUUUUUGCUGUUGCCAGAGAUGAUCAUCCAGAAAGUGUUCUAUCAUCCAUGCAAAGUAUUAUGGCUGUUCUCUUAGAAGAGAGUGAGGAUAUUCAUGAGAAUCUUUUAUCUAUUCUACUGUCCACUCUAGGUCGUGAAAAAAGAGAUGUUACUGCAGCUGCGAGGAAGCUUUCCCAGAAUGUCAUACAGCAAUGCAUAGGAACACUUGAACCUAGCAUUAAACAAUUUUUUCUAAAAUCGUUGUCAGGAGAAAGCAAGCCAGUGAACAGUCAAAUUCAGUACCAUGAAGUAUUAUAUGAUAUCUGUUGCUGUGCUCCUCAGAUCCUAUGCGGAAUUCUCCCUUAUGUCACAGGGGAGCUACAGACUGACCAGUUGGAAACCCGUCUGAAAGCCGUGAACUUGGUUGGAAAUAUAAUUUCUGUUCCUGGAAUUUCCACUGCUGAGGCAUUUCAGCCAAUACUUUCAGAGUUUUUGAAGAGGUUGACUGAUAAAGAUUUUGGGGUUCGCAUGUCUGUUCUUGACCAUGUAAAGAGCUUUCUUCUGUCAAAUCCUCAGAGGCCUGAAGCUCCUCAAACAAUCUCCUCCCUUUGUGAUCGGAUUCUGGAUUUUGAUGAAAAUUUUCGAAAACAAGUGGUGGCUGUUAUCUGUGAUGUAGCAUGUUACACCAUACACACGGUUCCUCUUGGAGCUGUGAAUCUUGUUGCAGAACGGCUUCAUGACAAAUCUCAACUUGUUAAAAAGUAUACCAUGGAGAGAUUGGCUGAGAUAUACAGAGUUUUUUGUGAGAAAAGCUCUGAUACUGUUAUCCCCAGUGGAUAUGACUGGAUUCCAGGGAAGAUCCUUAGAUGUUUCUACGACAAAGAUUUCAGAUCAGAUACAAUUGAAUCUAUUCUGUGUGGGUCGCUGUUUCCAUCAGAGUUUUCAAUCAAUAAUAUGGUUAAACACUGGAUUGACAUUUUCUCUGGAUUAGAAGAAGUGGAGGUCAAGGCUCUUGAAAAGAUACUUGAGCAAAAACAAAGGCUACAAGAGGAGCUGCAGAAGUAUCUAGCUCUGAGGCAGAAUAGUCAGGAUAAAGAAAAUCUGGAGGUCCAAAAGAAGAUUGCGUUCUGUUUUCGAGUAAUGUCCCGUUCAUUUGCUAACCCAACAGAGGCGGAGGAGAGUUUCCAGAUUCUUGAUCAGUUAAAUGACACUACUAUCUGGAAAAUUUUGACGAAUCUUGUUGAUCCCAAUACUAGCUUUCAUCAAACACGUAUAUACAAGGAUGAUUUGAUUAAAAUACUUGGUGAGAAACACCAGCUCAAUGAAUUUCUAAAUACCUUAUAUGUAAAGUGCUCCUAUUUUCUAUUCAACAAGGAGCAUGCAACAGCUGUUCUUUCAGAAAUCAUCAGAUAUAAAUCUGCAAAGAAUGAUCAGCGUAUGAAAUCUUGCAUGAAUAUGUUAGUGAUAAUUGCUCGUUUCUGUCCACACUUUUUUAACGGUAAUGAGAAGGAACUGGUGAAGUUACUCAAGGAUAAUAAUAAUAAUGAUAUGAUCAGAGAGGGUAUUUUGACUAUUUUAGCAAAGGCUGGUGGUACUAUUAGAGAACAACUAUCAGUUACAUCAAGUUCUGUAGACCUUAUGUUAGAAAGACUAUGUUUAGAAGGCAGUCGGAGACAGGCAAAGUAUGCUGUGCAUGCUCUAGCUGCAAUAACAAAGGACGAUGGCCUCAAGUCUCUCUCUGUUCUAUACAAGAGGCUUGUAGAUAUGCUGGAGGAGAAAACACAUCUUCCCACAGUUUUGCAGUCGUUGGGUUGUAUAGCACAGACUGCAAUGCCUGUAUUUGAAACUAGAGAGAGUGAAAUUGAAGAAUUUAUAAUCAACAAGAUUCUGAAAAGUGAUAGUAAAGAUGAUCACACAAAAGCUUCUUGGGAUGAUAAAAGUGAUAUCUGUGUGUUGAAGAUAUAUGGUAUCAAAACGGUAGUAAAAAGCUACUUGCCGAUCAAAGGUGCUCUUGUUCGUCCUGGUAUUGAUGGUCUCUUGGAUAUCCUACGAAACAUACUUUCUUAUGGUGAAGUAUCAAAGGACAUAAAGUCAAGUUCAGUCGAUAAGGCCCAUCUGAGGCUUGCUUCUGCAAAGGCAGUUCUUCGAUUGGCAAGGCUUUGGGAUCAUAAGAUUCCUGCUGAUAUUUUUCACUUAACUUUGAGGGCAUCAGAGAUUGGCUUCCCUCAAGCUAAGAAGGUUUUCUUAUGCAAAGUUCAUCAAUAUAUAAAAGACCGCCUUUUGGAAGCCAAAUAUGCAUGUGCCUUUAUAUUGAACAUAUUCGGAACCAACCCAAAUGAGUUUACAGAGGAUAAGCAGAACUUAUCUGAUAUUAUUCACAUGCAUCACCAAGAAAGGGAAGGACAGCUUUCAGGGAAAUCAGAUGCAAAUUCCUUAACCACUUACCCUGAGUACAUUCUUCCUUACCUAGUUCAUGUACUUGCUAACCUAUCUUGCCCCAAUAUUGAUGAAUGCAAAGAUGCUGAAGCAUACAAUACUAUAUAUAGGCAGUUGCACUUGAUACUAUCAAUGCUAGUGCAACGAGAUGAAGAUGUCAACUCGAAAGUAACUUCUGACAACGAGAAAGAAAUUUUAUCUGCGAUUACUUCUAUCUUCCAGAGUAUUAAACACUCGGAAGAUGUGGUUGAUCCAUCAAAGUCAAAGAAUUCUCAUGCCAUAUGUGACCUUGGAUUAGCAAUCACCAAGCGCCUAGUACAGAAAGAUGUUUAUAUGCAAGGAUUGUCUCAUUUAGUUUCUUUACCGACCAUACUAUACAAAGCACAGGAGAAGGAAAAUGAUCUUAUGGCAAGCAAAGUGAAAACCUGGUUGGGGGAUGAAAGUGUUUUGGCUUAUUUUGAAUCAGUUCAAUUAAAAAUGGUUCCAUCUCAAUCAGCUGAAGAUCAUGCUUUAAAGGAAGAUGAAAAAGACAGAAAUGAAAUGUCCCUUGGAAAAAUAGUAAAGAAUAUAAGAUCUCAGGGAACCAAGGGGAAGAAGGUGAAAAAGGAUAAAACCACGACAUCUGAAACAAAAAAAGCCGAAGAUGAUUUUGAUAUCUUAAAUAUGGUCAGAGAAAUUAAUUUAGAUAACUUGGAGACAUCUAAUAAUUUCGAAUCAAGUAAUGGUCAUGAAAGUUCUUUGAGUAAGAAGGUGCAGAAAGAUCUUGAGUUUGGAGCAAUGAAAAAACGAAAAGUGGGAGAAGAAACACUUGUUCCAGUGCCUAAACGAAGGCGGUCUUCCAUUACCCAUAGAAAAUCACGAUCGGGUAGUUCUUCAAAAGCUUCUCAAAAAGUUUCAGAGGAAGUUCCUUCUGGAGUGAAAUUACUGUUAGAUGCAGUAAUUAAUCCCGAUACAGGUAGCAAAAAUAUGCAGAGAAAAUUGAUCAAAGGCAAAGAGCCCUCGUCAGAACCAACCAUUAAGGCCUCCCAGAGUUAUCAUAUUGAUGAAUCUGACAAAUCUGAAGAACGUGACGUAAAGAGUCCUGGUAAAUUGAAGACAACUAAUAAGACGGAAAGUGAAAUUUUCAAAACGUCUGUAGUCUCUACUAAAAAGCGGAAAAGAAGUAUUGGAGGAUUAGCUAAGUGUACAACAAAGAAAGACCAAAGUAAUGCUGGAGAUCUGAUCGGCUGCAGAAUUAAAGUUUGGUGGCCUUUGGAUAAAACAUUUUACGAAGGGACCGUUGAGUCUUAUGAUCCUUCAAAGAGGAAGCAUGUGAUAUUAUAUGAUGAUGGAGAAGUAGAAAAACUCUAUAUGGAAAAGGAACGUUGGGAGCUUAUCAACGAGGGCCACAAAUCUACUAAGAAGCUAAAGCCCUCAAAAACUCAACCUUUAAAUGAAGUUUCUACUGGAAAGAAACAGAGAAGUUCAAGUGGUUCAGCAAAUAAAAAGACAACAAAAAUUGUAAAUGGUAAACAAUCUCCUAUCAAGUAUGCAAAGCAUGGACUCAAAAAAGCAUCAAAAACUAAUUUCCAUGAAGGUGUUAAUGAGAGUUCUGAGCUAUCAAACCCUGAAGAGACGACAAUAUCUGAACCUGAGACCUACUCAGGUGGCUCUGAAGGAGAACAAGAUGAAGGGUCUGGUGUUAUCAUAGUCAAGAAGAAGAAAGUUAACAAGAAAGUAAAAUUAGGUUCCCGUGGAAAGAGACCUAAGAAAAAGAAGAGCUUGAGUAAUAUGAAAGAAUUCAAUGAAGAGAAGCAGGAACCAGAUGAAGAGAAGCAGGAUGACGCUGAGAGAAUUUCUGGCAAUAGAGAGAGUUACCCACAAGGAGCUCAAAAUGAUGAGGAAAGUAGUUCAAAUGAAAGAGAGGCCGGUGAAUCAAGAGGAGCUUCGAGAGAAAAUGUUAAUGAAGAAGAAUCAGAUCCUGAAGGCAACCUGAACGAGAGUGAUGGGGAAAGUAGUCCUAGUAGAGAAGAAGUGCAAACACCGCCUAAUGAUCAAACAAGUCCUGACAGUGCCAGAUUUGCCGAGCUUCCCGAUGAUGAGCCACUGAUCAAAUGGAAACUCCCCUCAGUGAAGAAAAGGUUAUCAGGGAAAAAACAAUGA